AUGGAUCUUAGUACAACUUUUCACCCUCAGACUGAUGUUCAGUCUGAGCGGACUAUUCAGGGCAAGUUGAGCCCAAGGUAUAUUGUUCCUUUCGAGAUUGUUGAUCGUUUUGGUGAGGUGGCGUAUAAGUUGGCUUUUCCACCUGGUUUGUCAGGUGUUCAUCCUGUAUUUCAUAUUUCAAUGCUUAAGAAGUAUUAUCAGGGUGGUGAUCAUUUUAUUCAAUGGGAUUCAAUGUUACUUGAUCAGAAUUUGACUUUUGAGGUUGAGUCGAUCACCAUUUUUGAAAGGAAAAUUCUAAAGCUAAGGUCCAAGGAGAUUGCUCCAAUAAAGGUUCAGCGGAAGCAUCGUUCAGUGGAGGAGGCUACAUGGGAGACAGAGUCAGACAUGAGGAGUAAAUAUCAUCAUCUUUUUGAGCGUUCAGGUUAG